AUGGGUGUCCUUUGGCGGUACAACGUGGUUCCAGCACACAUGCCCAGUGUGGGAAAGGUUGCCGCUACGACAACGGCGGCUGGUUUGCGUUCAAGCUUUCCAAACAUCGAGCUUGCAAUCGUGGUCGGUAUUUGUAGUGUUGUACCUCACGGCAAUGGCAGGCAGAAUAUUCAUCUAGGCGACGUGAUCAUCGGCAAAGGGGUCAUCCAGUACGACGUGGGUAGACGACUACCUAGUAAGAGAUUUCUACGGAAGGACAGUGUUUCGGUUAAUCUUCCACAACCACGCGCUCAGAUUCACGGAACCCUGGAGAAGUUGCAAACUCAGCAGCAUCGAGCAUGUCUUCAGCAAAAAACAUGGGAAUAUGCGGGGACUAUCCAGCAAAGACUGGGUGACGAGGCAGAAUACCCAGGCUCAGCAGAGGACAAGCUGUUUAACACUUCAUAUCAACAUAAACACAGCAAACACUCCAACUGUGAAACAUGUAAAGCCGGGACAGAUGUUACUAAAAUAUGUGAGUCGGCAAUUAAAAUGACCUGUGACCAACUGCCAUGCAAGAAGCGAGAAGUAGUUCAUCAUGCCUCCUCAUCUGUGGAUUCCAAACCUGUCAUCCAUUUUGGUCUGAUCGGAUCUGGCAAUACAGUGAUGAGAUCAGGUGAAGACCGUGACAGUAUCGCUGGUCAGGACCAAGUGAUUGCCUUUGAGAUGGAAGGCGCUGGUGUCUGGGAGUCCUUUUCAAGUGUCUUGGUCAUUAAAGGAGCAUCCGACUAUGCAGACAGUCACAGGAGCAAGCAGUGGCAGCCUUACGCCACUAGCACAGCUGCGGCUGCUGCAAGAGCAGUCUUAGAUCUGUGGACUCCAGGUAUGAGGUUGUAUUACCGCGUCUGCAUCAUGAUACUCAUAGAGCAAAAUAGGUCAAAUUAUGUUAUAUGA